GUAUUUUCAUUUUAAAUAAUUAAUUGUAAUACACCCCUGAUUACAGGAAAAAAUAAAUUAAAGCUUUGUAAUAAUUUGUUUUAGUUUUUUUGCUGGCAGAAUAUCAAAUCCCAAAAUUUUUAGACAAAUGAAUCUCAACUUAUUUGGUAACGAACCUCAAUUUAAUUAAAAUGCACUUACAGCUCAUCAAACAUUUUCUAUGAAGCAAUCUUUAACAACCUAAAUUAAAUAUUUAUUUACUUAUCAUUUUCUAUUUUAAAAAAGAAAAAGAUCUUAACCUACAAACUCUAUAUAAUUUUGUUUCCUAGCAACAAUCAAAACAACAAACCAUUCAACAGUAACCACUUGAAAAGUUAAAUUGAGUUACUUUAUGGUGGUUAGUUAUUAGUUUGCAGUAUUUAAAACUAAGAAAGUUUCCAACAAUUGAUUUUUUUGGUCAUAAAGAAUAAGAGAAGAUGACAGAUUUAAUGGAUCAAUUGUAUUCAGCUCAUCAGAUAUUAAUACCACCCAACCUUCCGUCAAUAUUAAAGAAAUAUGCCAAAGCUGCCAUUCGUACUCAGCCUAGAGAUCUGCUGCUUUGGUCCUACUAUUAUUUCAAAGCAGUCUCCAAUGGUUUACCUCCACCAGUGAAAGAAAGAAUUGAAUACCCAUUGCCGGUGACUGCUUCAGGAUUGACCCCAGGUUUUCUUAAAGUCAUUUAUAAUCAGAUAGGAAACGUUAAAACAGUGUCAAAGGAAGUCAUUGAAGAAAAAUGGGAAAAUAUCUGUUUAGAGAAAGAGAAAGUUGAAAUGCUUUUUAAAGUUGGAAGCUUUCCUCAAGAAGUAAAUUGGAUGAAAUUUCUUGCGAUCGCUGCUGGCUCUAUUGAAAAAGAUUUGACUGGAACGAUGUCACUUCUUUGUGAAUUGCUCACAGAAGAACCUGAAGGAGGUUCCUCAAUGAUUCCUGUCGAAACAUUUUUCAAUCUUUAUAAAUAUCUGGCAUCAUUGAAUUGUGGUCCUGAAGAUCCACAUCCCAUAUGCGUAGAAUCGUCAUCAGAAGAAAUUUCUCAAAUUGUUCAAACAGAUAUUCAGUAUUCCAAUCAAGGAGUUGAUGGAUCAGAGGAUACUUGGGACACUUUGAUACGUGAAAUGGGACAACAGGAUUCUGAAGAUACCAUAGCAACUGAUGAUCUCAGAGAAGUUGACUCCAAAGCUGGACUGGUUGUUUGGCCAGAUCUGUUCCCUGAUGAACUGAACCUCAAACCACCAAAAGCUUCACCACGACCUUCAGAAGAGUUUGUGACAUCUGAUACUGGUCUGCAGGUUUGGGAUGAAGAACAGUUUCAAAAUAAAGUUGUUGAGAAGGUUGAAAUAAGUGAAGCCUCGAAGGAUGCCCAAGAUGUUUCUGCAGGAAACAUUUCUAAUGAGGAUGAAGGUGUACAAGUUAAUCCUGAUUCAGAUUUUGGUGGGAAAAUGCAAGCAACAACAGAGAUCGAUAAAGACAUGAAUGAGAGCGAAGUAGAAGGUUUAGAACAAAAAACUGAUACAGAAGUAAAUUUCCAAACUCCCAGUGAAAGUUCUCUAAAAGAUCUACCUAAAUGUGUAAGAGAUGAUCAGAAGGCCGGAACUGAGAAUAAAAAAGAUAUUAAUCUAGAAUUUAUCAUGGAACCGGACACAUCCAUGAUCUUGGUUCCGACCCCUAUUGUGUCAAGAGAAUCCCUUUGUAGUGAUCAGAGAUCCAUAAAAAAUAUUACUGAAUCCGAAAAUGAACCUUCAAUAGGAGAGAAAUUGAUAACAACAGCUUCAUUGAAGGAUUUGAAGAUAGGAUCGAGGAAAAUAAAAAGGGAAGAACCUCCACCUCCUUGGGCAGCAGGUGAUGUUUUUUGGAUAUAUUUGCCUGGGAUUGGACCCCCGGUUCCCCAGCAUGUUAUUGACGAGGUUGAAGUAUAUUUAAGACAGUGUGCAUCAAAACAAUGUGGAAUGGUAAUGCCAAGGAACUUGAGACAUUUUCUUUGUCCUAGCCUUGAUGGUCUAGUCGAAGAAAUUUAUUUAGAAAACAAGGAACCCGAAUGCAUUGAAUGUUCUUUUCAGUCCAUCAAUGAAGAUGUAAACAAAGUGAUCAAGCUGCCAGACUCAGCAACCGACCACUUUUAUUUCUGAAUAAAAAAAUGUUUAUUGUAAUAUACACCUUAAUUGGAAGUUGGUAAAUAUGUUGUAAUAAAUUAAUGUUGAACAGUUAAAAGGCAAGCUAAUCUAGUUUCACUAAUUCAGGAAAAAGAAAAUGACUGCUCUGUAAGUUCCCCAGAAAGGAAAAUCCCAAAGAGAAAAUGGGAGAAGGGAUCCUAGCUCCAGUAGGUUAAACCCAAUAACAGUAUUACCAUCUUGUAAGUUGUUGUUUGGAAUUACAAGAGAUAGGAUCUCCCUGGGAGUUUCAGUUGAGUAGAAGAAAGUGUUACCAUUUUGGAAGAUGUGUUUGGCAGAAAAUAGGGAAAUGUUAGAAGACAAAUGAAUUUAGUGCAACAAAGGAAGGAACAGUAUAUAUAGAAAAAAGAUUA